UAGUUCGGUAUUCACAAAAUUUAAUGUAUUUAAUUUUUAAACAUAAAGUUAAUAUGUAAAAGAAUAUAUUCGUGUAAGUGUAUCGUUUUUUAAUAUUUUAAUCUAUAAAAAAUUUUUUAAACGCAAAAAAAUCAUACUUUUAUCAAAAUAGGAAAAAAAGUAAAGGGUAAUGACAACUCUUAUAUUAGGAAUUGGAGUUGGUUUAUUUGUCAUUCUAACCUUGUGGUUAUCAGCUGCAUUGAUAUUCGCUGUAUCGUUUAGAAUUGACAAAAAAAUUGGUGCUAUUGCUAUUAUUGUUGCUGCAAUAAUUACAAUUGUUCUUGUGAGUGUACCGAGAAGUUCAGAAUAUCCUUCUUAUUUUCAAGAAAAGCCGUAUGAUCAACUUUUUGUCUGGAGAGUUAUUCUUCUUACUGUGCUAGUUGGUUCUUCAUUAAUUGCAUUAUUUGGAUACGUCAAGUAUGAGUUAAUGGACUUUAAGAAACCUCAAAGAAUUGUCAAUUGGAUUUAUUAAAAAUCAUCAAUCAAAUUAUAAAGU